AUGAUUUUAGAUAUUGAUUAAGAAAUCAUAUCUCAAAGAAGAAAUAAACUCAGAAUAUUGUUAAACAAACCAACUCACAUUAAGAAUUUUUGUUAACACUAACACUAAAUCAUAAAAUCAGUUUUAGAGCCACCAAAAAGAAUUUUUUCAUAUUCCAGAUCUAUUAGGCAUUUUUUGGAAAUUAUGUCAAAAACUGGAUCAGUUAGCGUAAAUUAAAAGGCAAUCACCUUAUAUAUUAAGCAAAGAGAUGCAAACAAUUAAAAAUUCUAAAGUGAUCAAAUCAAAACAACUAAUUCUAAAUUUAUUCAAACAGAUGAUUUAAUUACCGAAGAGUAUAAUCCUAAAACAGAAAGAACUUUAUGGAAUAUGCAAGAAUCCCCAUAUAUAAGAAAAAGAAAGUUUGCUAAUCAUUCAUAUUAAAAAGAAAAAGAUCCAAAAUAAAUAUAAUUACGUAAAAUUUACGAAUCCGAUAUCUCAAACUCUCCUUACACAAGUAGAAGCAUUAAAUAAUACACAUUUCAAAAUGAAGUUCUUAAAUAAAAAUUAGAUACCAACACACCUUUUUAUGAUAGGUCAAAGCAUUUUUUUAAUAAAAAAAGAACAUAUUAGACAAACCGUUACAAAUGUGAGAAGUCGGAUACUAUCUUUACCACAAUAACCAAUAGAUAUUGA